AUGACUUUUGAAUUUUUUCCUGAAUUAUCACAAAAUCUUUCUCAGCUAAUUGAUGAUGCAUACGAUCAUGAUAUUAUCAUCAACGUUGGAGAAAAUUCAAAUACAAAAGAAUUUCAUGCUCACUCUAAUGUCUUGAAAGCUCGUUCUACAUAUUUCAAAACAGCUCUUUCACAGAAUUGGGCUAUAAAGGAAAAUGAUACUUAUAGAUUUACUAAAUCGAAUAUUUCUCCCAUCGUAUUUGAAAUUAUUAUUAGAUAUAUGUAUACCGGUAUUCUUGAUUUAAGAAAACAUGUCGGUUCAAAUAUUCUUGAACUUCUUGUAGCAUCUAAUGAAUUACUUAUUGAAGAAUUAACUGCUUUUAUACAAAAUUACUUGAUUGAAAAUCAAUCUGAAUGGUUACGUAAUAAUUUCGUCAAAGUUCUUAACAUUGUAUAUAUAUUUGAAAAUUGUAAGCAACUUCAAAAUUAUUGUUUAGAAUUUAUUUGUGAAGAUCCAGAACCUUUCUUUGAUUCUCCAGAAUUUCCAUCAUUGGAAAAGAAUAUUUUACUUGAAUUACUUAAACGAGAUGAUUUAUUAAUUGAUGAAAUUGAAUUGUGGAAUUAUCUUAUUAAAUGGGGAAUUGUUCAAACUUCUGAAUUGAGAGAAAAGAAUAUAACUGAUUUAAAUAAAUGGAAUGAAGGGGAUUUUUUAAAUUUGAAAAAUACUUUGAAUCCAUUAAUCUUACAUAUCAGGUUUUUCGAUAUUUUUUCAGAAGAUUUUUAUAGUAAAAUUUGGCCUUUUAAAAAGGUAUUGCCUGAAAUGCUCUUUGAAGAGGUUGUAUCAUUCCACUUAGCCGAUAUUAAACCCGAAAAAAAUAUGGUACCCCCUCGUCAUAAAAAAAUCUAUAUUGAUUCAAUGGUCAUUAAACCAAAACAUGCUACCAUCUUUAUUAACUGGAUCCAAAGAAAAGAUGCUAAUGCAAGAAUUUCAAAGGAUAAAUAUAAUUUCAACCUUAUUUAUCGUGGAAGUAGAGAUGGUUUUGAUGUUAAUACUAUGAUUAAUAAAUGCAAUGGACAAGGAGCGUGUAUUUUAGUCAUUAAAAUUAAAGAAAAUGGAACUUUAAUUGGUGGUUAUAACCCUCUUGGUUGGAAUUAUCGUUCCUAUCACGUUGGCGGAAUUUAUAAUAGCUAUGACAUGUAUGGCGGACUUUAUGGAUAUGGAGGAAUUUAUGGUUCUGGAGGACUUUAUGGCGGUUAUUAUGGCGGUUAUAGCGGACUCUAUGGAAAUAGUUUAAAUCGUUGGGCCAAUACUACGGAGAGUUUUAUUUUUUCUUUGGAUGAUGGUAAAGAUUUGAAAAAGUUCAAGAUUAGUCGGGUUAUUAAUAACAAUUGUGCAAUAUAUGAAUCUAAUAAUACUUUAAAUUUUGGGAACAGCGAUUUGAUUAUUAAUGGAAAUAGUGGCACAUGCAAUCGAUGUCAUUAUGAAAGUAGUAUUUUAGAUACAAAUAAUUUCUCAAUUGAAGAUAUGGAAAUUUUCAAAUAUAAUAAAUCGUGA